AUGUUCGAGGUUCAAUGGAAGGCGGGAGACGUCACGUGGUUACCCUUCGAUCAGGUUGACCACCUUGGCGCCCUCCGUGACUACCUCGACGUCCUGGGCAUCGAUGACAUCUCCGGCCUAACGGAUGGCAACGAGGUCUCAGUGAGUACCGAUGUCUCAAACAUUGACUCACAUGUGUUUUUAGGCGCAAUGGGCUUGGGCUGGCCUGACCAUAUAAGCCGGCCCCACAACCCUUCUCCCCCAUCGACUUCUACCUCACCAGCCACUUCAUCAACGAAAACCAUGUCCUCUAACCCGCUUCCAACUCCCCUGUUCCGUGCCCAGAACGGGGUAUUCAUCAUGGCGGAUCGUUACCGCCCCGGCGUCUCGUUGGCUAUCACCCUUGACCAGCUGCGUCUGUACUUGCAGUACGAUGCCGACCUGCGUAGUGGGACCGCCCCCAACACCAUCAUCACACCCAUCGGCUAUGACGACUUCGCCGUUGCAUUAAAUUCGAAUGCUGGGGCGGGCGUGCAAGUUGCCAUUGUGCAAGAAGGGGACGAGGGAGUCCGCAUUACCGGACCACCCACCCCUCGUGACCCUCGGGAAGACGCUGGAGGCCAAUGGUUGGACUCGCGUCGCUCUGAGCUCCUGGACCACGCACUGUGGGACAACUUGGAGCGGAACAAGAAGCAGCGCAUUUGGCGCAACAAAAGCGUGGCCAAACGCCAGGCCAAACGGAGGCGAAGGGAGGAUGAUGAGGCGAUGCGCCCUUUCGCACCCUCCACCUCCUUAACCAACGCCCUCGCUGGGCCCUCCGGCCUGAAUAACCCCAUCACUCCAUCCAUUCCUCCUCCCCCUCCUAUUACACCGGUUCCUGACCUUCCUGCACCUCCUGUCGAUGGCGAGGACGAGGAGAUGGACGAUGACAGAGCGGAAGAGCGCGCUCAGGGCAAAGGCAAGGGGAAAGGACUCGGUCGUAUCCCGAAGAAAUGA